GUCGAUUAUUGCUGUCGUAUUGUCGGAAUGUGACUUGAAAAAAAAAAGAGAAAAAUUAAAUUAUUAAGGGAGAAAUCUUAAAAUUAAAUUUAUAAAAAAGUGAAAAGGAUUUUUUUUUAAUUAAUAUGAAAUAAUUUUAUAAUAAAUCCAAAAAAAAAAUUAAUGUAAUAAUUAAUAUUAAUAUAUACAUAUAUAUAUAAAAAAAAUACUUAAUAUAAAUACAUGAUACAAGAAAGAUAUGUACAUAUACAUACAUACAUAUAAUAUGAUCAUAAUAAAAUAUAAUUAAAACUGUUAUAAUAAAAAAAAAAAAGGAAGAAAAAAAAUUAAUAAUAAUUAUUAAUGUAGAAAAGAAGUAAAAGAAAAAGUGAAAUUUAUUGUUUUCUGAUACGUAGUUGAAUAUCCAAUUUAUCAAAAAAAAGAGAAAAACAACAAAAACAAAAAAGAGAAGAAAAGUUUUCUCCGUUUUCUGUAAUUUUUUAUAAACACACAUACAUUUAUAUAAAAAAAGAUAUAAUUAUAUAUUUAUAAAUAUUAAUAACUAAUUAAAUAAUAUUCCAUAUAAUUUAUUUAUUAAUAAUAAAUUAAUAUUUUAAUAUCAAAAAAAAAAAAAACAGAAGGAAAAAAACCUUACGGUAAUUUUUUUGAACAAAACAUAUAUACAUAAGCACUACGAAUGCAUAUAUGUAUGUUGUACUUUAUUAAUAUAAAUGUAGCGAUAUAAAGAAAAAAGAAAGAGAGAAAAAAAAUUAUUUCAUCAACCCACAUUUUAAUAUUGUAGAAAAAAAAUUUUCUUAAUUUUUAAAAUCAUAAUAUUAGAAAAAAAUUUUCUUUUUUGACAUUUCAUAAAAUUAAAAAAGCAAAAGAAAUACCGGAAAAAAAAAAUUUAAUAUCAAAAAUAUGCGGAAUACAACAGCAGCAACAAUAAUAAUAAUACAUGCAUGCAAGUAAAACAAAAAAAAAAUCUCUUUCUACAUCGCAUUAUGAUGAAUUAAAAACGAUAAAAGGGGAGAAAAAGAGAGAGAGAGAGAGAAAAAUAUUAAAAUUGUUUUUAAUAUAUAAAUUUAUUACAGUGUAAAUUGUGAAUUGUGACAAAAAAAAAAAAUAUAUAUAUAAAAACAUAAUAAAAAAAAUUCUUAUAUUAAAAUUUCUUUAAGUGUAAUGCUAAUAAUCUAUUAUAUAUAUACUUAAUUUGUAUAUAUAUAUAAAAAAUAUUUUAUAUACAAAAUAUACUUCUCAAUAUCAUAAAAAAAAGAAUAUAUGUAAAAGAAAAAUUUACAUAAAAAAAAAAAUUAUAUUUGUACAUACAUACAUGUAUUUUUAAUAUAUACAUAUAUAUAUACAUACAUAAUAUAAUAAAAUUUAAUAACAAAAAAAAAAUAUAUAUAUUUACUUAUAUAAAUGAUAAUUAUUUGUAAAAAAUGUGGUUAGGCAUAUCUCAUUUAAAAUCUAAUCAACUAUGACGCAUCAUCAAACUAACGGCGCAAGUUUAGAGGAUUGCCAUACAAAUUUUUUCGCUCUGACUGAUUUAUGCGGCAUAAAAUGGCGUAAAUACUUAGUUGGUGAACGACCGCAAGCAUCUGGUGAACCAUUAGAUGAUCCAGUAUUGCGGUCGUAUGCACGUUGCCUAGAAUGUGAAAUAUUAUGUGUAUGGAGGCGAGUAGCUGCGCCUAGGCAAGAACCAGAUCCAAAUAAUACAAUGACAUAUGAUCUGGUAACAUCUCAUACGCAUCCGCCUUUAUCUUUAACAGCAGCUAAAGAAUUAUGGAUAUUCUGGUAUGGUGAAGAACCAGAUUUAACUGGAUUAUUAGAUCCAGAAUUAUUAAGAACACCCGGUGUCGAUGGUGCUUGGGAGAAUGGUCUAUCGUAUGUUUGUCGCUCAUUGCUAUUCAAAGCUUUGCACAAUUUAAUUGAAAGGUGUCUCUUAUCAAAAGAUCUCGUAAGGUUAGGCAAAUGGUUUGUUCAACCUUGUACAAACGACAAAAGUUACAGUGGCAAAAGCUUGCAACAUUUAUCCUUUUCAUUUACAUUUUUCGUUCAUGGAGACACUGUCUGUGCAUCAAUAGAUUUAAGAGAACAUCCAGCUGUACGACCUUUAACACCGGAAUAUUUAGCUGAAGCUGCAGCUUUGUCAGCUGCUGCAAAUAGUUCGAAUGAUUCUCCAGAUAAUGAUGAAUUAUCCUCGCAAAAUAGAACCAGCAUUAGUGUAGAUUGUCAAUCUUUGUCGCCUGGCAGUGGGAGAGAAGCUAAUGGCGGCGCUACAACUCCUGGGCCAGGCAGUAACAGCAAUAAUAAUAGUAGUAGCAGUAAUAAUAAUAGUGGCAGCAGUAGCAGUAGCAGUACCAGUAGCAAUAAUGGCAAUAAUGCUAACUCUACGGAUACUUCGAAAUUGAAAUCAGUCAUAUUAGCUCCAUAUGGAAUGGCAGCGACAUUAACAGGAAAAAGUUAUUGUAAAGCUGACCCUGGAACAGAAAAAUUUAUGGAAGAUUGGCGUUCAUUUUACCCACUGUGCAAUAAGGACAUUUAUGAUCUUCCCCCGUUCGUUGAAGUGAUAUCAGGUGGUGUUAAAAUGCGUUAUCCAUCUAAAUACGUGUUAGUUACUGAUUUGGAUGAUACUGAAAAUAGAAAGUUUUCUUCAAAUUCAAAUAAAAUGGAUUUUCUCCAAGAUCCGCAUUCACAACCAUUGCAGUCAUCGUAUCAAUCAUUAUACAUGUCAAAUGCUACAACAACCGCCAAAGUCAAACAAGAAGAUCAUGGAAAAACUAAUAAAAAUAAAAAUAUUAAUAGCAAUAAUAAUAAAAAUAGCCCUAGCAAUGUUGCUAAUAUUAAUAUCAAAACAAACAAGAAUAAUAACAGUUAUAAUAGUACCAAUACUGAUAAUAAAAAUACUAAUAGUAAAAUCAGUGUUGGACAAAAUAAUAAUGGUAAAAUAAGUGGUAAUAACAGCAGUGAUGCCACAAGUAUGCAAGGCAAUUUCGCUAGUAAUAAGCACUCCAGUAAUAAAAGUAAUUUAAAUUGUAACAUCAGCGUUGGCAAAAAUAAAACUAGCAGCAACAAUAAUAGUGAUAAAAAUAAAACUAAUAAUCAUGGUAAAGAAAGAAGUAUUGAUGGUAAUUCUAAAAACAGUGCUAUGAGUAGUAGCACCAAAAUUGGCAACAACAUCCAUAGCGAUGACGGUAACAAUAUAAACAACAUCAUAAAUAAUAUCAACAACAUUAUUAACAGCACUAACAACAACAAUUCUAGUAUUAAAGUUAAUAAAAAUAAUAGUAAUGAAACUAGUGGCAACAAUAGUAGCAAGUCAGAUAACAGCAAUUAUAAUUUAAAUCAAAAUACCAGUAACAUUAAUAAUAAAAAAAUCAAUGAAAGCGAAAAUAAAAAUGAAAAAAUAUCAAACCCAAAUGACAAUAUCAAUAACACUAGCGACAGUAAAAGUAAUAAAAAAGGGAUAAACAACAGUAACAACAAUAAUAAGAAUAAAGCCAGUGAAAGUUAUUAUGAUGACGAUAGCCGUAAUAUAAGUAAUAUCAUCAAAAAUAGUAUAAACAAUAUUAUCAACAGCACCAGCAAUAGCUCUGAAAAUACAAGCAAAAACAGCAACUGCGAUAACGAUACUAAUAAUAAAAAUAAUGGUAAUAAAAGUAAUAAUGAUAGUAAGUUCAAUAACAAUAGUAGCGAUAAUAUCAAAAGCAAUGAUAAACACAUCCCCGGUAGUCACAAGGAAGUUGGUGGUCAUGAGGCAUAUGAUGCUAACAAUCAUAAAAUUAUAUCCAACAACAUAAAUAGCAAUAAAAAUACCAUUUCAUCACAAAAAAAUAAAUCAGAUGUAAUGAAUUCGAAUCGAGAUAAUGAAAAUAAAAAUAAUGAUAACAAUGAAGACAGUGAAAACAUAAAUAGCGUAAUUAAUAGUAUAAAUAUAUUAAAUAGCCAAAUGAAUAGAAAUAACGUAACGAACAACAACAAUAACGACAAUAAUAGCAAAAUUACAAGAAAAGAUGCUAGCAACAAUGAUAACAGUAACAGCAGCAAUAAAAAUAGCGGUGGCAAUGAUAAUAAAAAUGAUAAAAAUGUCAAUAAUAAUAACAAGAAAAACAGUUCUACUAGCAAUAUUGAACCUAAUAUCGAUAAUAAUAACGAUAAUCAUAAUGAUAAACUUAAUGUUAAUAACACUAAGAAUAAUAAGAUAAUCAUAAACAGCACUAAUAGUAAAAACGUGGAGGUACUAAACGUUGGAAAGGCAAAUAAAAAUAAAGAAGAUAUUGAUAGCAAAAAUGAAAUCAUUCCUACUUUAAAUACUGCUCCAACCGCGAAUCGGACUUUAAUUGAUUCUAGCAAUAUUGACAAUAGAACCAGCACUCCAGCAAAGGGCAUUGAAAGUAGCAACACUGCUUUGAAAACCAAUGAUGAUAAAAAUGAAAAUCAAACUAAUAUUAAUAUUAGUAAAAAUAACAAUACUUAUCUCAAUACCUCUUCUAGCGCAAAUAACCCUAGUAGGGAUACCAUUAGUAGUAAUAGUAAUAGUAGUGAAAAUAACAAAGUAAGUUCUGAUAUUGAUAAUAGAAAUAUUGAACAAGAAGAUGAAAACAUAACUAACGAUCGCAAUAUUAUCAACAUGAAUAUGGCUAAUAGAAAUCCUGGCCUUAAUAAUAAUGAUCACAAUAAUAUUAAUAAUGAAAAUAGGAAAAAUGACAGAAAAAGUAAUAAUGAGAACAACAUUAGUAACAACAAUAAUAACAAUGGCAAUACCAAAAGUAUCGGCCAAGAUGAUGGUGGAAACAUCAAUCGUAUUAUGAAUAAUAUUAAUAAUAUUAUAAGUGGUGUCGAUAAUAACAGUAGCGAUACUAUUGAUGGAAAUAUUUCAGCUGGCACAAUUAAUAACGACAUAAGUAAUAUUACUAAAAACAAUGAUGACGGACAUAACAACAACGAUAACAAAAAGAAUAAAGAUGACAGCAAUGAAUGUCAUAUAAAUAAAAUAUGCAAAGUUAGCAAUGAAGCAG